AGCGUAAAACCGUCGUAACUCUAUGUAACCCGUCGUGCACAUCGUCGCAGGCGGCCAUGCCUGGCUCACGCACGUCGAGCAACGCAUUAUCCUCAAAUGUCAAGCUGAACAACAAACACCCUUGCUGUUGUCAUGCUACUUACUUUGUGACGUCAUGCGGCUCAAGCAUCACUGAUUUGAAACACGACGAGUACAAAUGCGGCGGCCUAUGCUCUAGCAGCCUAGUUGUUUUGUAGCAUUGGAAACCUUCUAGAUAGCUUAUCCUCCUCUACCGAUUCUAAGCGCAUCGUCGCUAUGAAUACAAGGGUUGAAGGCGACAGUAACGGAAUGCGAAAGGAAAGUACGCGUGUUUCAUAUACUCAUGAUCUGUCUAGGUGGCUCGGGCUUUCAGGUCACAAUCUGCACACAACUACGUUUAUAGACGAUACUGCACAAAGUGGGAAACCUUGCGAUCGAUGAUGAUCUGCAUCGAUCCCAGAGUGUCGCAGGGCACCACCGCUGAUCAACUAGUCCUUGCCAUUAACACGCAACUUGUCCAAAGGGCUGAAAGCACACACUAUAUCUUACACGAUGCCACAAUUACAAACUAUACAAGAUCACCCGCCGCCAAGCAUCUUAUCCAAGUUCUCCCGCACGUCACGAUGAUCAUGAAAUACACCUAUCUGCGGAUGCGACGGAAUACACUCGUAGCCUUUCGGACCGUUCAUAAUUGAAUUCAGCGCUGAGAACAUCCUGCGUUUACAGUGAGUGGCUUCUCUCAGGCAGACUCCGAGCGCACCCGAAUUCAACCCAGGCUAUCAUUGACAUGCACACGGGCCCAAAGUCGAAUUUGAUUCAGUCUGAAAGCUUCAUCUCCACAUUCUGAAGUAAAUGCGACACCACAAAAAUAGCAUUCGAGGAGUCUGACCGAACGCACCAAACCACUUUUUGCACCUUCACAGCUUCAUGAUCAAAGUUACCGCCGGCAUGUCCGGUGAAUUUCCAAAAAUAGCCAGGUCAAGAUAAUCAAUUUGAACAAUUGAGCGGAAUCAAAUUCGGACCAAACUGUCGAAACGGGAGGCGGGUCAGUUCAAUUGUGCACUAUCGUAAAGUAGAGUGCCAGCCGCCGACUCCUCUGUUCGUCACCGAUACCGGAGAAGACGAGCUGAAAGGCUAUAAAACGAGCUCAUCCUUGGAGCCACUGGUGAUAGGUAUCUCUGCUCUUGACCACGAAUUGCUAAACCGGCAUCAUUCCAGUUUCGUGCCGGUCACAAAACCACCUUUCAUUCCUGCUAGACUCAUUCACACCUGGUCCAUCAUCUCUUCCUUCCUCCCUAAACAUGGGUUUGUUCACCAAGAAGCGCAGUGCUUCUGGUCCGCUCACCAAACUCGUAAAAGAACCUCCCGGAGAGUCUGCUGUCUCAUCCUCUAGAAGCGCAAAAGCACCGCCGGCUGGCCCGUCUAUCCCCACGUCCACUUCAGAUAUAUCGAUGUCCCACUCUCGUCGUCCAGGCGCACCACGCGGUAUCCUUCGAAAACCAUCAGCACAUUUCCCAACAUUCGACGAGACAGACCGGAAACGACAAAAAGACCGUCGAGCAUCAGCUCCCAUUGCAGGCUCCAGAAAACAAUAUUCAAGCGAUCGUGCCCGAUUCGCUUCAUUGCCUACGGACAAUAUCGCUUCAACGAACGAUAAUCUUCAUCCCAAGCUUGCUUCUUCUUCAUCUUCUCCAAUAAGGAAGCCGCAAGGGGAACAUGUGUCGAAAGAACCAGAACAUGAACGAAGAGAAUCAUUCGUCGCGGCUUCUGCCAUCGUCCGACCGGAACGAGUCCCAUGGAGUUGUUAUCAACUCCAAACGCUAGAUUUCGAAGUCCUGGCUACGCCUCGUACGGAUACGUCCAAACGCGCACGGUACAAAAUGGACCAUCCAGAAACCCAACCCAAAGUUGGAGUUCAUGUUCCGAGGCCUAGUUUAGUCCCUACCGAACAGGAUAUGACACAGAUCGAGCCUUUUCCGUUCCCGGAUCUGGAGUUGGUGAUGAAGAGUUUGAAGCAGGCGUUGAAGAAGGAGGGAAGGAGAAUUGAGGAUUUCUUGGAGGUGGAUGAUAUUAUCGAGGGAAAGUGUUGGGAUACGACUGAAGUGGAUGGGUUGAAGGAUAAUUCGAAGCUUUUGGAUCGCAAACAUCGCAUCCAGACCGCGGAGAGGAGGUGGAGAGAGAUGGAGCGGCAAUAUCAUGUUUUCGGAUCACCUUUGAAGAACGUAUCCAAGCGUGCGUCAACGAUGGUCCCGGUUUAUGGAUAUCGCCAUCAGGUGCCCUUGAUCGUUGUCGCCUGUGUCGAACAACUGUAUAACUGCGGUAUGAAUCACCCCAGACUCCUUCAGACAAGACCAGACCCUGUACACCUGACCGAGCUUAUCGGCCAAUUCGACCAAUUCGAUCCUCGUCGCGCCCUUCCGGACUUGACCAGGGAGCCUGUCACAAUGGUGGCAGCACUCCUAUCCACGUUCCUCUCAUCCAUCGGGUCACCGCUCCUCCACCGUUCGUACUUUGAUGCAAUCUGGGCCUGGUGUGUUACACCUACUAUCGUGCGCGAGCACGAAUAUCGCGAGACCCUUCGAAUGCGGAGGGCGGAAAGUCAUGACGGGGAGAUUCAAUCUGCCAGCGAGGAAGACGAGGAUGAUGAGAUGGUCAUUGGUGCCCACGGUCUCCCAUCUUUCAAUUCAAGACGUCAGAAAAGGAGACGUGCAGAACGAGAGAUCGAACGAGCCAAACGUCGUCAGAUUCGUGCUCGGAAUCCAGAAUUGGCGAGAAAGAAUCGAAGUGAAGCUCGCAAGGCCAAAAAGGCUCAGCUGGAACACGAGACCUUCGUGCUUGAGACACCUCAAAUUGCCUUCACCCGAUUCAUCCUCAUGUCUCUUUCUCCCCACACGUUCUCCUUUAUUCUUUACGUCUUCACGUUCCUCGCAUCCCUCCCUGCACAUCCAGAUAACGACGUACGAUAUGACAUGCUUGCAGAGAUGUACGCAUGGAAGAUGCUUGGUGGUCCUAAUCGACAUUCGUCGGAGGCCAUGAUGAGGUGGUUGUUAAGUCGCUGGUGGCGCAUCGUAGAUGGCUUCAAGAGUGCCGAAGCCAAAUUGGAGGGACACUUGUUCCGAGAAAAGCAGCAUACGGCUUACUACGAGGGUAAGCCAGAGGUAAUGGGAGAACCGCAGCCCAUAGAGAGGCCUUCGGACAUUGCGCUGUCUGCUGAUGGACCCAUCCACCCUCAACGAGUACCUCAUCAUGAGCGCCAACCUUCGGGUUACUUUGCAAGGAACCACCCUCGGGAUCCGAAGCUCAAGCUCGAAGAGAAAGUGAUAGAAUCCAAUGACAACACUGCCUUCUCGAAGCCGGACUUCCAUGCCAAUCCGAACAAACCCUAUGCACCCCUCCUUUCACCAACGCGUGAGGUUGAUCCUCUGGACACUAGUAUGAUGGAUGCAGAUGUUGAUAUCCCUGUCAUCUCGCCAUUCAAUAAUGAUGCGAUUGAAAGGGAUGCGUUGGAGGGAGACGAUGUUCAAGAUGAUGCGCCCGGUGAAUCGAGAAGGAAACUCAUAGAUGCCGUCUCUGUCCACUCUGAAUGGGCACCUCCACAGCGAGCCGCAUUUGCCGCGAUUGAGGACCUCCUUGAGCCUGAAGGUGGAGAGAGCGGUCGAAUACCCGGGUCCAAUGGUACAAGUGUGUACUCGCAAGAUGUCCCUCCUCCCGACAACGCAGAGGAAUUGUCAGUCGAGUCAUUAAUCGAUGCCUAUGCCGAGGAUGACGAUUCGCCUGUGGUGGAGACGAAACCAGUGGAAGCCGUUGAGGACCCUGCGGAGUUGAAGAGACAACUUCAGGUUGCAUUGGAACAGAGGGACCGUGCGCAGAAGAGAUUGCAAGUGAUGCAAAAGACUCUCUGCGACAACGUACUUCGAUCAUAAAGACCAUUGUGCGCUGGUUCGCAUGCGUAGACUAUGACCAUAAUGGAAAUGUGAACUCACAGCACGUUUGCGUGCCUGUUAGACUUCAGUGGCACUGAUGAUCAAUGCUCGGAUGCUGGAUUUAAUCGCUGUCGUUCUUCAAUUGCUUGAUACCAGAGUGAAAACUGCAAAUCGUUGGCUUCUCGAACUAACAGGGCACGUAGGAUGAUAUCUUUGGUGCUGUCUAGAAGUUGACCUUUCGUGCGAGUCUUGCGUGAGACCUUCUGCAUUUGUCACUUACGCAUUACAUGCAUAAUACAGCCACAACGAGUACUUACCGGUACUCGCUCCAGAUAGCCCACGACCAUCACCGGUGCAUUAGUUUCUCGAAGCCAUGAGUAAGACUUGAAAGGGUCAAGACAGAGAGAAAUGUCUAUGAGAACACUUUCGUCUUCAUCCCUGAGAACCAUUGUGGCUGAUUUGACGUCGUAUGAAGAUACACUAUUGGCUCUCGGAGUCAAUGUCGAGCAAUUGGCAAACACCGCUAGGAAACUCACCGUCCUGCUACUCUUACUUUAAGGGGUAUAUUCUUCUGUGGGAUUUCACUCAACUUCGUGGGUAACGCAGGUUCCAUUGUAAAUGGGCAAUGAUGAGAGAAGGCUGAGCAGCAUGAAAAUUCGGACUUGAACUUAUUGACCAGAAACGGACGUUAGGGACGUUUCCGCGUCGAUUCCCACGCAUACGUAGAUAAGCG